UCCUGGUCCUCACCUGAACCUUCCACUCCUGAGACCAUGUGUUACUAUGGCAAUUAUUAUGGUGGCCUAGGCUAUGGCUAUGGUGGCCUAGGCUAUGGCUAUGGUGGCCUGGGCUAUGGCUAUGGCUGUGGUUAUGGUGGCUGUGGUUAUGGUGGCUAUGGUUAUGGCUGCUGCCGCCCAUUAUGCUCCGGAAGAUACUGGUCUUAUGGCUUCUACUGAGGAAUUUUUAGUCUAUUGGCUACACCACCCUAUUUUACUUGCAUUUUCUCCAACUUUUCUUCACCUGAAAAAUUUUUAAAUGUCUUCAAAAAUACUGACUUUGUAUCAAACUAUCUGAGAUAAAUAAAGGAAAUUCAGCAUGCCCAUUUUGAUGUGACAUAAAAUUUAGUUAAGUUGGAUUAUCAAUUUUACUUUAAAACAUAUGUAUUAAGGAUGCCUGGUUGGCACGGUUGG